AUGGCUGAAUCAAAGAAACCUGGUGAUUUAAUGAGCAUUUUCAUUCAAAAGGCUAUAGACUGUCACAUAAAAACCAUUGAAUCAAGAUUUAUCAUCAUCGCAGUUCACGACGAUGAAGAGAAAUCUAAAACUUUGAAGAGUGUAACAACAGCAAGCCAUGAAAAUUCUAUUCGAAACGCAUAUGUUUUUGAUAACGUCGAUGAAUGUUUCGAGUUUAUUAUAGACAAAGUCUCUUUGGAUCCACUUAUUACAAUCGUUAUCUUGGUCGGAGGUGGAUUAGUAUGUGAUCUUGUAUCUACAACUCAUACAUGUUCACAGGUUUCUUCAAUUAUCAUCAUGAGCAAACCGCCAUUCAAAGUUGAAGAACAUGAAUUAAUGAAAACAUAUGAUAAGGUCAAAUGUAUGGCAGAUAUUGAAGUCAAUGAGAAAAUAUGUUAUUUAGACCAAUUUUCGAGCACUCACGUAAUACAACAAACAAAAUUCAGCGAACCAUUAUCUUAUGAACUGGUAAACAACAAAGAAACCGACAAAGAGACACCGCAAUAUGAAGAGCCUAUCGAACGCUCGUGUAAGCAAAUCAAUGGUGAUCUAUUCCUUCGUUUUUACCUACUUAUGUGUUUACGAAAUGUUCCACCGUUUCCAUCUGACAAAAGUGAUCUUAUAAAACUAUUUGAAACCAACAAUUGGGCUGCUCCAUCAGCUAUUAAAACAUUUCAAGAAACAUACUUGCCAAAUAAUGCAAUAUUAUAUUACACUAAAGAGUCAUUUAUUUUUCACUCACUCAAUAAGGCAUUGCGUACAAGAAACACUCAUCAUCUCUUAUCAUUUCGUUUUAUUUUUCAAGAUAUUUGUGACCAGAUGAAUGAAUUAAAUGCACAAGAUGAAGAUAAUCAAACAAUAAUUGUAUAUCGAGGACAAAUCGCCAAUUCGUAUGAGAUGGCAGAUUUGUUUCUAGCUUACUGUCAAAAAUCUGCUAUUAUGACUACAGCCUUCUUUUCAACAUCGAAGAAUAAAGAACAGGCUCUUGGUUUUAUAUUCAGUUCAAUUGGUGGACUGUUUGGUACCGAUCCUUCAGUAAUUCUUUUCAAAAUUACUGCACGAAAACAAGAUGCACUGUCCUACUUUCCAUUUGCUGACAUAUCGAAGGUCAGUCAAUUUCCAAAAGAAAAAGAAGUCUUGUUCGCUCCAGGUCAAUUGUUCAACAUUGAUAACUUUGAUAUUAUCUUUGAGAAUAAUAGAACAAUAUUCGUAUUCGAAAUGACAUUGAAGAAUGAAUCUGAGAAAAUUCCUGCUACACUAAAAUCUAUAUGGCGUUCGCAGACGAAUCCGCUGCUUUUUCUUGGUAAGCUUCUUACUGAAAAUCAACUAUAUAAUGAAGCAAAUGAAUUAUACAAUCGAUUGCUUUUCGAAUACGACGAUCUAGAUGAAAAAUAUGCCUGCUACCAUGGUUUAUAUGGUGUCGCUUUGGCUCAGGGUGACGAAAAUAGAGCUAUGAUUCUAGACCAAAAAAUGACACAAUUAAAGUUUGGCAUUCAACUACCUUCUACAGACUUUGUUUACGAAUCAAUCGGCAGAGAAGAUAGUGCAAAAAUUUCUGCAGCUACCGAGAAAGUAAAAAAGGCAUGCUCUCAAAUGUCUAUCAAUAGACCAUUCAACCAACUUAUCCCUUAUAUUAUGGGUACGGAAUUUCUUAAUGAUGUAAAUCAGAUUUUGGAUUCAGUAUAUCCCAUGGUGAAUCUUUUAAUAAAAAAUGGAGUAUAUGAUCAAGCAAUCAUAAUUCUAGAGAAGAAUCUAAGUUACCUGCAGCUAUUCAAUAGUACUCCAUCUGAUCCAUGUUUUAUACCCAGAUGUUACAUGCAACUCGGUCAUUGCUAUCGUGAACUAAAAUUAAACGAAAAAGCGGUAAAAAAUUAUGAAUUGGCAUUAGAACAAGAUAUCCGUUUACCAUUUGAUGAAUACAUCGAAACAUUAAUUCGUAUUGGUAUGGUAUGGGAAGCCAUGAAAAAUUUUGAACAAGCUUUAAACAGAUAUAUCGAAGUGGCGGAAAUUUAUCAGAGAGAUUCGAUCAUCAGUGAUCCAGGAAAGAUUCAGUUUAUUGAAGAAUGCAUUAAACGCGUUACAGACAAUUGUACUAAAGUGGACUGA